AUGUUGCAAUGUAUUAUUGUCUUUAAUGCAGCGUCGGACUUCCAGCCUGAGUGUUCCCAGUCAGAGGUGAGGCUGCAGUGCCUUCGCCUGUCUGUUGAGAGCACGCUGGCCCUUUUCGUUCCGAAAGGAAACCGUGUUGCAUAUGGAAUUUCCGGCACUAGUUUGAGUAUGUUCGAUUCCGAUUGCAUCAAACGUGGUGUAUUUCUGUUAUUCAAGACCCCGCCUGUACAGCGGAUUCGUUUGCUUCUGCAGCCCUGCAGUUGGAGUGAUAGGGUGCAUUCCACAGGCGCAAUAUUGGAAAUGCAACAUUGCUGGCACAGGGGAGCAGCACUCAAGAUCUCCAAGAGCCCAAAUGAUAGUGCUUAA